AUGACUUCUUCAGGCCUCCCCACCACCGCCGCCGCCUCCACCGGCGCGGCCACCGCCACCUCGCAGCAGCCGCCGGCGCCGCUCCAGCCGUCGGCCACCUCGGGUCCACCCGCCUCGGGCACCGUGGCCAUGGCGGCCGACGCGGCCCCCGUCCUCUCUCCGGCGGAGAUGUCGUCGGCGAUCUGCGACCUCUUCCUGGCGGUCUCGAACCUCCGGACAUUCCUCCAGGCUCCCUACGCGCCGCCACCGCCCCCGCCGGCUGCGCCCUUCGUGCCACCACCACCAUCCACCGUCGCGCCCCAGGGACUCCCGAUCACCCAGAUCAGGUUCCCGCCAUCGUCGUCCCUGCUGCCGACGUGGAUCAACACGCCGACCAACACGACGGCGCCACCACAGUCGACCGUGCUGCAGCCGCCUGCCACCACCUUCGCGGGGUUCGGCGGGUAUACUGACCCAUACGACGGGAGCUCCAUGGUGCCGCAGUACUCUCCUCCCGCCACGAUGGGUCGCCACGAGGGCGCCUACACGGCCUCGCCGCACGUGCAGCAGCCGCCUCGCUGCACCAAGCUGGAGUUCGCCACCUACGACGGCACAGUCGACCCCCUGAUCAGACGAGGGCGGGAUGCCUCCGUGGGAGCGCUUUCGCGACCUGUGCCUCCUCCGACUCGGCCCCCCAUACGUGGGAACCGCCUGGCCGAGCUCGGUCGCCUCCCCUUCACCACCUCUGUGCAGGACUUUGCCGACCGCUUCCAGACGUUGGCCUGCCAUGCGCCUGGCGUCACGGCUCGCCAGCGCACCGAGCUCUUCGUCGGCGGCCUCCCCGACCACAUCUGCAUCGACGUCGAGAUGCAUGACCCACAGGACCUGCAAACAGCCAUGUACUACGCGCGCGUAUGA